UAGCUCAAUCACGUGCGUCAGUGCAAGAUGGCGUCAGCUCCUACGCCGCGUAGUCAAACCAUUUAACAUUUCUUUUUACUAUAGUUGACUUACAUAUUACAUGUGUGAAUUUUGUAUGAUGAACUGUGAGAUGAUUAGACCACUUUUUACCGGGUUAGCAGGUUUCCAUUCCUAUAUACCAACAUCCAUCCAUGCCCUGCCAAUUGUACUAAUUUCCUUUAUUCAUCUUUCGUCUCAGAGCAAUGAACAAGGCAUCCCUAGAUUCUUCAAAAGGCAGCUGCACAUUGGACAAGAUUUUAAGUAUACUUGCUGUGCCAAGAGAAAUGCAACAAUCUGGUUUCGAUGGGGAAUAUAUUUACCUGGUUCAGAUCACGAUCCUGUUCCCCAUUACAGCAGGGCAACGGUAAAAGGAAUGCCAACCUAUUCCACACCAUCCCCUCCAACUCCUUCAAAUUUAGAAUUAGAUACUCCCCCGACCAGUGAAGGAAGUCACGUGACCAAAGAGCACACUACAGAAGACGACACUGAAAACACAACAGUUCCUUUGGAUGUAUCAACUGAUGAGCCAAACCCAUAUUCGACUUUAACAAUCAUUUCCGUGGUUGUAUUAAUUCUUGCAAUUGGUGGUUUCGUAAUAUAUUGCCAAAGAAAUCAGAUAUGUGGAUGGUUUAACUCAAUACGUUCUCAAGAUCGGUCAAUAAAUGAACAAGAUCUUGCAAGAAAGCCGGCGAAAAAGCUCAGAAGACGAUUUCUGCCUACCCGACGUUAAUGUAUAAAUGGAUUAUGCAGAACAAUGUUUUAGUCCGAGAGAAUAGGGAAGAAAAUAGCCAGAACCCAGACCGUUUCCAAAGCUUAUCCCUUGCACUAAUUGAAACCAAGCACGUCGAUUUUGCAGGAACAUAAUCUAGUCUAUCUGGUGCGGCUGUAAUAAUUAUGUUUUCUGUGUGGCAGAUUAUUUCCAGCCAUUUUCCUAGUUGCCGCCAAGGAGAAUUUUUAAAUAGUGUCUUUUCUCGGAAUGUCUCCAUGACCGGAAAUCUGCCUCAGAAUCAACCUCAGAAUGGCUAAUGUAUUGCGUCCAACAGUCAGACAUUCACUACUUUUUUUGCCAAACAUUAGCUCUAUUAAACAUAUAUAUGUAUUUUGUGCUUGAAGUUGUUAUACGUGCACUAUCACUUGUCCUCAGUUGUUGAACUUUUGAAUUUUUUUUUCAUCUCUAAUAAUUUACCAAGCUUAAAAAGCUACGUUUUUACUUUUAUUGAUAUAUGAGCUACAUUAUUAUUUCUUCUUCUGCAACAACGUAUCAAAUAAAGUGAUUUGACCGC